GGGUCAAAGUCAAGCGCAGUGUAGUUGGUGCUGCAUCGCGCAACAGAGUUGUUUCAAAUAAGUUGCGCUUCGAAUUUAACGUGUGACAAUAAAAAAAAUAAAUAAAUAAAAAAAAAUAUUUUUUUUCAUUAAAAUUUCUGACUUGCUUUUCAAACGAUAAUUAUUCCGAAAUGACAACUAACGACGAGCUUCCCAUCAAAGAUCUCGAGUCCGUUCUCCAAGAACACAUUGGCAAUCAAUUAAAAAUUCAAAAUCUCGAAUGGAAACAUCUCACAGAUCCAGGAGAAAAUUUCGGCAGUUUAAUAUUAGCGAUAAAUUUAAAAGUCGGCGAAAAUGGUUCAACAAAAUUAUUCCAUCUUGUCGCAAAACUCCCGCCAAAAUCCGAAUAUCUUCUCGAUCUAUUCAACAGUCCAAUGUCAUUUUACAAGGAAAUUUAUUUCUACAAAAUAAUAGCACCAGAAUUUUUGAAAUUUCAACUCACGUCAGAAAUUAAUAAAUCGGAAUUGAUUAAAUUAGUACCAGAAUUUUACGGUGGAAGACUUGGUUUAAAUAAUAAAGAGACAUUUGACGAUCAAGCGACAAUUUUACUGGAGAAUCUCAAAAUUCAAGGCUACAAUACCGAAGAUCGUAUAACUGGUAUGAACAAAAAACACAUGUUGUUUGCAAUCAAACAAUUAGCACGUCUUCACGCUCUGACAAUUGGUUAUAAAUUAAAAAACCCCAAUGAUUUUAAAUCAUUGAUAAUGCCCGGUUUGGCUAAUGUUUAUAAUAAAGCAUCGGAAAUUGGCGUACAAGAUAUGAUCAAUAAAGCAAUGGGAAAUUUAAAAACCCUCAAGGAAGUCGAAUCACAAAUACCAAAUGUCAUAAAAACCAUGGAAUAUGGCGCUGAAAAAAUGAUAGUACAACCAAAAGAACCAUGGGCAACAUUGGUGCACAGUGAUUUUUGGGUGAAUAAUAUGUUAUUCCUUCACGAUGACAAAACGAAAGAAAUUAUUGACAUGAAAAUUGUUGAUCUUCAAUUGACGCAGUACGACGAUGGUUGUCUAGAUUUAAUAUUUAUGAUAAUGUCCAGUGCAAAGGCAAAUGUUAUUGAUGAAAAUUUAGACGAAAUGAUUGAUACAUAUUAUUCAUCGUUUAUCGAUUAUUUGAAAGUUCUUCAUAUUAACGUGAAAGAAUUCACGAGGGAUGAAUUCGAUAAAAAUGUCAUCGAAUCAGCGCGACGACGAUUAGAUCAAUGUUUAAUGAUGGUUCAAGUUAUACAAGCAACACGUGGCUCAGCACGAAGAGUUGACAAUAUCAAGAAUAAGGAAAACUUUCUCGACAUGGGAAGAAGUAAAGAGAAUGACGAAAAAUUAAUACACAUUGUAAAGAUAUACGAGAAGCGAGGAUGGUUUUGCUAAUCAGUUUUAAAAAAUCGUAUCAAGGAAUCUUCUUUUAUGAUUCCGAAAAAAUGUAGAUAGAAUAAUAAAGUAAGAUUGAAUAUAAGAUUUUAUAAAAAAUAUUUAAAAAAUAUUAAAAAUAAGAUUUUUAAAAAAAGAUUUAAAAAGAGAAAUUACAAAAAAGAUUUUAAAAAAAAUUACAAAAGAUUUUUAAAAAUAAAGGUUUUAAAGUACAAUAUUAAUUUUUAUAUCUUUCUAUACGAAAAAUUGAAAAUGAUUCAAUAUUUUAGAAACUAUAGUAUUUUUCCACUGUAAUAUAAAAUUCUUUUUUUCGAAAAACAAAGUUAUUUCUAUUUAUCUACCGUAAACAUGUGUUCACUGUUUCUACGAAGAAAAAAAAAUUGUUACGAAUAAAUGCAAAAUUAUUCGCAUAAAUGUGAUAAGAUAAAAAAAUUCUAUAUUUUAAUGUAUAUAUUUGCAAGAACAAUAAAAAUGUUACGAUUA